GGAGGGUGUGGGGCGUUCUCCCACAAUUCCUUCUCCUCUCUCUCCCUUCAUUAUCGUGCCUUCUCUCCCUCUGUUUCUGUAUCACUUGGUCCAUCUCUGAAGUCUGAGAGACAAAGAGCGUGCCCCGGCAGUGGGUGUCUGGAAACGGCCGCAUGAGACUCAAGGUCAAAGGUUAUCACGACAGCAAUGGAGUGCUUUAAUGACCUGCUCCUUAAACUGCGGGAGGUCCACGAGCGAGAACUGGAGGGUUGGCAGGUAAAAGUCCAAGAGCUGUCCAACAAGAAAGGCUGUGAUACAAAGCGAAUGGAGGAACUGUUCACCAGAAACCAGCAGAUGAAAGAACAGCACCGAUUACUCACAGAGAACAUCAAGAUACUGGAAAACAGGCUGAGAGCAGGGCUGUGCGACAGGUGCACGGUCACCCAAGAGGUCGCCAACAGAAGACAGCAGGAAUUUGAAGCCUCACAUAUACAGAGCAUCCAGCACAUCUCUCUAAUGGUGGGAGAGAUGACCAACCUGAAAAAGGAGAACAAGAGACUCAGAGAUGAAAUCAGGAAUUUCAGAGCAGUACUGGAUGACCACUCCUCCAACAGCAGCCCUAUCACAGAGGCCAAACCAAACAGCUCCCCUGACUUUUCACCCUCCACUGGACCCGAGACCUUCGUCAAUGUGGCAAAGAGCAGGGCCAGCAACCAGCAAUCGGAUGGCGACGCUGGACUGAAGACUGAGAGGGACAAACGAACCGAAGAAGCUGAACACAGACAAUUGAGUGUGAUGAGCAGAAGCCACUAUGAGUCGUUCAAGCCUCUUUCAACUCAAUCAACAUCCUGGAAGUCAGAACAUGGUGUAACCCUUGCUGGAGAGAGGAGGGCUCAGGGUAUAGAGGGACUGGACCAGCGAUCCUCCAUCCCUUCUCAAGCUCUCCUACAUAAGAAUUCUUCUUCCUCAACUGGUGGAGUCAACCUCAGUCGGCACGUGCUCCACACUCCUGUCCCUUGCCGUCCGCAACCAAUCAGAAGUAGCCCUCUUACUCUCCCCUGGCCCUUAUCUGAUUCUACUGACUGGGUUAAUGUGUCUGCGGCAGGCACCAGCCAGGUGAUGCACCCUUCUCCCAAACCAAAUCUGCCACGCUUUCCAAACCUUGUCCCAACUAGCCAACAUGCCAACCCUAGAAGGCAGGUUUUUGGUUGUCCCUGGCCUAAACAAGGCACCCCUCAGUCCCCAGCAAUAGAACCAACUGUGGUGUUCAGGUUCAGGAAUCUGCUAGACCACCCGGAGAGUCAAAUUAAGCCCCAGGAGAAAAAAGAAAUGCAGCCAACUAAGGCUGAGAGUGUCUCUGGAGAAGGGCUUAAAGAGAUAUGCGAGGGGCCUCUGGACCUUUCAGAUCGAGGGAAGUCCAAAACCAUCCAACCACAGAGAGAUGAUUGGCCUUUAGACUUGCAAGGUGGAGAGAAAGUACAGAUGAGCCCUGACAACGCCCUGAGAUCAAAUACACCUGUACACAUAUCUUUAUCAUCACAUUUGCCCGUCUGCCUGUCGUCAUCUUCCUCUUCACCGCUGUUCAAACAACAAGAGGAAGAACCUACCAGUGACCACAACCACAAGCAGGUUAUCACAGAUAAAGAGCAGAAAGAAGCGGUGAAUGGAAAUACAGACCAAAGCAAUGAAAAGAAGGUGCCUGUUCUCACAAUAUCAUUACGUCCAGUAGUUGUGCUAGAGACUCUGAAUUCUGCUCUGCAAAAGCAAGAAUCCUUAUCAUCGAAUGGCAAGUCACAGUCGUCGUCACCACCGGUUGAGCCUGGAAGCAGCUCCGAUGAGCAGGACGAGGAGAAGAGUAUGUCAGGCCAGGAAAGCCGCCAGGGCUGCAAGAGAAAGAGGGCAUCUGUGGACACAGAAACCGACCGAGAAUCAGACACAGACAAUAUCCAGCAGGAAAAGAAUCGCGGAGAAGAGCCCUAGCAAAAAAAGGGUGAUAUCACAGUGGCCUGGGGCCUGUACUACGAGGCGAGUUCAACAUAUCCAGGAUAUGUUUUCAUCAUCUGGUUUGACUUAACGUAACACUGACCAAUCUGGAUAUAGGGCAAAGAUGAGUAUUUACAGGUUGAAGUAACUUUUUUCCCUAUUGGCAUCAUAAUAUUUCCCUCAUUUGCCUCUGAGAUGUGGAGCACAGUGCCCAGACAGACUCAUCAAUUUUUUAAGCCCGAAAACUCUCGAUGAUUGCCCUGUCUGCUUGCAGGAAUCUAUAUAUUGAUAAUGAUAUGAUCAAUAUAUUGACAUGCAACACAUGGAACCUUAAAAAAGAAAACAAAGUCAUGUAAACACAAUAGUCUAUUUAUUAUUGAUUAUUGCGUUUGUUAAUACAUUUUCGUACAAAUGUAAAUUACAUUUCCAAUGGAGUCACUGAAUCCACAGUAUCAAGUUUAUAGAGGUAGGCGACAUUAGACUCUUUACAUCUGUAUAAAACAUUUUACGAAUGCCAUUACUCAGCUGUAACUUAAACCUUGAUCAAGGUGAAUGUUAAUGUUCUUUCUGUACUUAAGUAUUGUGUUGAGCAGCUUUCAGCAGUUUGGUGUUCGGGCCGAGAAAGUCACACAUUGUGCAACACGUAGCAGCCCAUUUACACAAUCUACCAAUCAAACAGCCACCCUGGGUGUGACCAACGGGAGACGAGUGCAGUAACUGAUCCAAACUGUUCCGCCCACCGAUGCAAUACGACGUGACGAUGUUUUUCAUCUACAGCACUAUCAUCAUUGUUUUCGAAACAAUGGAACAUUUCAAGAGAAGCAACCAACGUUUUGAGCUUCCAUUCCAGACCAAUACGUGUUUGGGUGUCAUCUGCGAAGGCUGAAAACCUUCCUCUCCAAUACUCAUCACGCACUUCUCGCACUACUUUCCGUAUACUAAGUAUUUAUGUUUAUUUCACUUUCCUGGCAUUGCUGUCACAGCCGAGCUAUUUUUACCACAGCACCCCCACCCUUCCUUCUCCGACCAACAAAGUUGGUUGUUCCUCUUCCUCUUUUUCUUUUUUUCCGAAUACACAUAUUCUGAAAGUACUAACUUUCGCUCACAGCUGUGACAGCUUGUUAGGCCGGGUGGAUGGAGGAAAUAAAAAGUGAGGAGAGUGUGUCAGAGUUGGUAAAAACAACCUAUACGUUAGCGGUACAGCACUGUCAGGUCAAUGUGUCCCAUUGUGAGUGAUUAAACAACAAUAUAUAUUUUUUUAAUGGAAAUAGCCUAAUCAACAGGCAGAAUCAGACGAUAUUUAUUAGAAAUGUAAAAAAAAAGUUUUUAAAUGUCUUCUUUCCUUUUACAAAAGUGUGCACUUUUUACCCUCCUGUGUGUGACAACCCCAACACGUGCAGUCCUAACUCUGAUCUAUUCUCUAUCGCUUUAAUGCCAUUAGAGUCCAUUAAGCAAAGUACUUGGUCAAUGGUCAGUGGGCAAAUAGCACUCCCCUGCCAUCCACAUAUCUGUUAAUGAAAAUGUGAUUGACUGUGAUACUUGUGUAAGUCAAAUUGUUUUGUGCUUUUACAGUGUGCCAAUAAAUCAAGCUAAAUGCUGUGUUUCAGUGA